GGAGAGGAGUUUGUUGCCGGGGGGUUCCCGCGGGGGCAGCGCGGGGGCGGCCGGAGCCGGUCCCCUCCUCAGGCUCCGCCUCCCCCGGGCUUAUGACACUGGAACCUCCUUAAGUUGCGUCUCGCCACAGCUGUCUGUAAGCACUGAGCCGGCUGGCGCCAUCCUGCUCCUUUCAGAAAGAAUGCCUUCCCUGUAAAAAAAAAAAAAAAAAAAAAAGAAAAAAAAGAAAGAAGGAAAGAAAGGAAAAAAAAAGAUUAAAAAAAAAAGGGAGAGGGAGAGAGAGAGAGAGAGAGAGAGAGAGGAGGAAAAAAAGUAGGGAAAAAAAAAUAGUGCGAGCGAGAGCACAAUCUGAUCUGAUCAAGCACUUUCAGCUUCAUCCCUCCUGGGUCACAUACUGCUUCUCCACCAAGGUUUGUGCGGAAUUUCUUGAGCAACUUGUCGCUUUUUGAAUUUUUCUUUUUUCCUCCCUCUCCCCCCCCUCCUUUUCUCCUCGCUCCUUCCUUUCAGCCCCUACUCUCUUCUCCCAUCGCUUUACCCCUUCCCUCCCUUCUCUUUUCCCCCCGUUCCCCCCUUUCUCGGUUGCAUAAUAAUUAAUGAGCAAUCAAAGUGACUCUGGGCUGCGCAGCAGCAGCGAAUGGCACAAGUUCUCACCGGCUUAAGCCACUGGAGCUUCUCAGGUGCAAAUGGAACAAAUAAAAAAAUAAACAAACAACCGCGGCGACCAAAAAAAAAAAAAAGAAAAAAGAAAAGCCAAAAAAAAAAUAUCCCCAAACCCAAGGAAAAGUAAGAGCUGGGCGGUAGGAGCGCGGUGGGAGCUGCUGGGCUCCGCUCCGAGCCGGGAGAGAGCGAAAGAGAAAGAGGCGCUGGGAGAGAGAGGUGAUCAAAGAAGAGAAACAUCUGCAACACAGCGGAAGAAACGAGGGGAUCUCGCUGCGUAGAGAAAUUUUUCCCCCUGAGAUUUUUUUUUUUUGUUUUCCCCUUUUUUCUCCCUUUUGAUUUUAUUAUAUCCCCCUUUUUUUAAUUUUUUUUUUUUUUUGGAAUCGAUCGUUUAUCACCAUACCCCCAACUCCCUCCACACACUUUUAAACCAAACCUAACCAGAAACAUCCCCGAACUCGCCGAGCACUUUUUCCCCGCCCUGCGCAACUCCGGCAGCGUCUCCCGCUCCCAUCUCAAGAAGCCCUCCGCGCCUCGCUGAGGAGGAGGAGGAGGAGGAGGAGGAGGAGGAAGAGCAGCGGCAGAAGAUGGAGGUCUCCACGGACCAGCCGCGGUGGGUGAGCCACCACCACCCGGCCGUGCUCAAUGGGCAGCACCCGGACUCGCAUCACCCCUCGCUUGGCCAUACCUACAUGGACCCCACGCAGUACCCUCUCGCCGAGGAAGUGGAUGUACUUUUUAAUAUCGACGGACAAGGCAACCCCGUCCCGCCGUAUUACGGCAACUCCGUGAGAGCCACGGUGCAGCGGUACCCCACGGCCCACCACGGGAGCCAGGUGUGCCGCCCCCCGCUGCUGCACGGCUCGCUGCCCUGGCUGGACGGGAGCAAGGCGCUGAGCAGCCACCACAGCGCUUCCCCCUGGAACCUCAGCCCCUUCUCCAAGACCUCCAUCCAUCACAGCUCACCGGGACCCCUUUCCGUCUACCCACCCGCCUCCUCUUCCACUUUAUCCGCCGGCCACUCCAGCCCGCACCUUUUCACCUUCCCGCCGACCCCUCCUAAAGAUGUGUCCCCGGAUCCGUCCAUCUCCACCCCCGGCUCCACCGGCUCCACCCGGCAGGACGAGAAGGAAUGCAUCAAAUACCAGGUGUCCCUGGCCGAUACCAUGAAGCUGGAGUCCUCUCACUCUCGGAGCAGCAUGGCCUCUUUAGGAGGAGCCACCUCCUCCGCUCACCACCCCAUCACCACCUACCCACCGUAUGUCCCAGAAUAUGGCUCUGGACUUUUUCCCCCCAGUAGCCUCUUAGGAGGAUCGCCCACCGGCUUUGGGUGUAAAUCGCGACCAAAAGCACGGUCAAGCACAGAAGGCAGGGAGUGUGUAAAUUGUGGGGCUACCUCAACCCCUCUGUGGAGAAGGGACGGCACUGGGCACUAUUUGUGUAACGCCUGCGGACUCUACCACAAAAUGAACGGGCAGAACCGGCCCCUGAUCAAACCCAAGAGAAGACUGUCUGCAGCCAGGAGGGCGGGCACGUCCUGUGCAAACUGUCAGACCACCACUACCACCCUGUGGAGGAGAAAUGCCAACGGCGAUCCCGUCUGUAAUGCCUGUGGGCUCUACUACAAGCUGCACAAUAUUAACAGACCCCUGACUAUGAAGAAAGAAGGAAUUCAGACCAGAAACCGAAAGAUGUCUAGCAAAUCCAAAAAGUGCAAAAAGGUCCAUGACAACCUCGAAGACUUUCCCAAGAGCAGCUCCUUUAACCCUGCAGCCCUCUCCAGACACAUGUCCUCCAUCAGCCACAUUUCACCUUUCAGUCACUCCAGCCACAUGCUGACCACACCGACACCGAUGCAUCCUCCAUCCAGCCUCUCCUUCGGACCUCACCACCCCUCCAGCAUGGUCACUGCCAUGGGUUAGCAAGAGACUCCCCUGCUGAAUGCUUACAGUCUCAAAAUGAGAUUUACUUUAUAUACUACUUGCAUUUUUGCAGGCGUGUGGUUAUGGGUCUGACGUCCCGAAUCAAAUGGGAGAGGGGAAAAAAAAGAAUUAAAAAAAAAAAAAUUAGAAAAAAAAAAGAGGUUAUUUGAAGGCGUAAGAGAGAGAAAAAAAAUUAAAAAUGCAGAAAAAAACUACAAAAAGCACAAAAAAAGGAAAAAAAAAGAAAAAAAGAGAAAAAAAGUAAAAAAAAAAAGUUUUAAAAAAGUGAUGUUUGCCACUUUUUAAAGGAACUCACUAUGGCGUCUAUGUAUUCUUACCCACUGAAUCUGGAUACCAUUUGUGAAUAAGCCAUUCAGAACUUGCAUUCCCUAUUGGACAGGAUCUCUAGUGCUGUGAAAAAAUAAAAUAAAAUAAAAUAAAAAACGCUGAACAUUGCAUAUAACUUAUAUUGUAAGAAAUUCUGUACAUUUGAGGAAGACUUUAUUGCAUCUGAGGAGCUGCAAAGAAAAAGGCAUGAAGGACUCCGAGAGAAUUUUUUUUAAAGGAAAAGAAAAAAAAAAAGAAGAUGGGAGGACAAUUUAAAAACCAGAAAAACAAACAAUGCAGACCAAGAGGAAACGCGGUCUUAUGAACAAAUGGACCAACUGCCAGUCAUGUCUUCUCCUUUUAUUUUAUUUUUAUUUUGUUGUUUUUUUUUUUUUUUUUUUGGUUGGUUUUUAUC